AUGGGCGCCGCCGGCGUCGGACAGUGGCUCGUGUGGGAAGACGUCGGACGAGUGACUUUAGAGGACGUUCUCGCGCGCGGCGAUGGGCUGGCGCUGGCGAGGGAGACGUUUGGGGAUUUGAGCGACGACGCGGCGGCGUUUCGAUUUCUCGCGUCGACGCUCGCGCGAGCCGUGGCGUCGGUGCACGCGUUCGAUAUGAUACACAGGGAUGUGAAACCGGCGAAUGUCAUUUUAUCCGACGCACGAAAGCGGACGUUGUUGUGCGACGUGGGGGCGUGCGCGGACGUGCAGACGGGUCGGAAUAUGGACGGCGCGGAGGCGAUAUUUGAUCCGACGUACGGCGCUCCGGAGCAGUUUCGUAAAGUGGCGAGUUCGCCGCCGCUCGGUGGAUUUCCGAGCAUCGGUGGGUUGUUCGGGAGGAAGAAAAACGCCGAAGCGAGUUCCGCGAAUGGUUUUACGCUCGAGCCGAGUGGAGAGCCACCGACGGUGUUGCUCGAUGCGUACUCGCUCGGCGUCACGCUCCUCAGAUGCGGCGUGCCGUCUCUUCGCGGGGAAAGCGCCAUCGUGCGCGCGCGAAAGGAUAUUGACGCGUGCGGGGGAGAUUUAGACCUUUGGCGUCGCGAGGUGUGCGUGCCAGGGGUGAAUGAUUUCACAUUAUUGGAUGAAUUGGGCGCGUGGGCGACGAUCACGAGAUUAGCCGCCGUCGAUCCGAACGAGCGAUUUAGCGUGCGCCGAGCGUUGGACGCGGAUGAAUUUCUUUCUAGCGCGUAA